UGCACGUCCAUGACGUGCCAAAAUGAGGAAGUGCAUGGUUUUAAUUUGAUCUUGAUCACAUGAUCCGAACCAGAACUACGACCUGAAAUGCGCUUGCAUUUAUGUGCCAUUUGCAAGCGUGUCUACACAGGCAACUUCAAUGCCUAUAGCGGAUGGGAAAAGACAGCAAGGUACGUAUAGAUGUUGAAGCAAAUACAAUUGCCAGCUUGGGCUACCCGGUUGGCACUCAACAUUGUUUUAACGUUGAAUAUUGUUUGUAGGGACACUGUUUGAAUCAGCAUUACUGCGACGUCAUUUAACUAAUAUUUCAAAAUUGAAAUGUUUCCUGUGUGCCUAAGUGCCUGCUAAUUUGUGUGUUGCGGAGAACUGGAAAAAACUAGAAGGCCUACGCUUAUAGUAUAGCAUCACAGUGAAAACAGUUGGUUUCAAGACUCAUCCCAUGGAUUUUAUUGCGGUCUAUGUGAGCACAACAUUGCAAGCAACAGUUAACUUGAGAUCUCGCCUGCUAAAAUAUCGUUCGGAAAAAAGUGGCUCAGCGAGUCACCGGCCUGCAGGUUCUUCAAGCCCAUCCAAUUUGACACCGAAGUCAAUUAGAUCAGCACACGGGUAGGCACAUUGUAAAUGGGCACUAAAUCCAGGGUAAAGUUCGCUGUGUCCCGGCAUUUUAAGUGAUCCAGUGUAACGGGAUUUAUUUCACAAGAGAUUCUGAAGAAGAUACAAAAUGAAGAGAGGGGCCAUGUUCACAUCUUUACGUGUAUUACAAUGGGGAAUGACCUUUCAACUUAUGCUUUUUCUCUCGGAGCAGGGUAAUGUUCCUGGCUAUCUGGGAUGUUUCGGAGAUAGUAGUGAUCGUGUCCUCCCGGUCGGUCCUGGAGUAGACGGUGAAAAACAGUCGGUAGAGUGGUGCUUCAGAUACUGCUUAGAGGAUGGAUCAACGCAGUACAAAUACGCUGGACUCGAAUACGCGAGCGAAUGCUUCUGCGGGAACGACGACGAUAAUGACAAAUACGAGGAAAAGCCAGAUUCUGAUUGCGACCAUAUGUGCCGAGGAAACACUGACCAGUUUUGUGGAGGCUACUGGCGCAUCUCCGUAUACAAAAUUUCGCAAGGCGUAUGCAGUAAUGAUAUUGGACCACCUGAUAAUGGAAACCACACCAUUAACAACCCACGUUCACUGUCUUACAAUCUGAACAACUUCAAGUUCUUCGGGACUCGAGUGGAUUUCUCCUGUGACGUUGGAUAUACUCUUCAUGGAGCCUCGUCCAUUGAAUGCAUAGACACUGGCUUCAACAACGUCACGUGGAGUGAAUCCGUACCAAGCUGUGAAGUACCAACAACCGUGCCUAGCACUACUUUCCAAAGCAGCACAGUGGCAACUACGCCCUCUUCGACGCGUUUCAAAAGAGACACACCCGGGCCGAAUAACCCGAACACAGGAAAGCUGAAAACAGCAACAAUAAUAGGAAUAUCAGUCGGAGCCGGAGUAGUCAUAGGACUAGUACUGUCAGCAAUCUUUCUUUGGAAGAAAAGAAGAUAUACAAGAAAGAAGAGGCCACAUGUGACAUUGGCAAAGACUGGAGACCGUUACACUAACAAUGCAUACGGACUGCCGGAGACAGUCAGCCAGUCUGUUUCGAAUCAGGUUAAUGCACCAGUUUACAGUACCGUCAUCCAACAGAAGUCCCAUUAUGACGACGUGUACACAACUCCUGAUGUCGUCACCAGCACACGCAAAGAGGAGGAACCUCCCAGACCGUCACGUGACGUCAACGUUGGGAGUGCAUCACCCGAUCACGAAAAUGGGUGGGUCGAGAACACAGUGUACGAGUGUGAAUCAUUUCCUGUCGACACAAGACCAAUUAAUGAUACUGGCGGACAAACAAACGCACAGCCACCACUGACAAUAGAUAUGAAGCCCGGAUGGGUGGAAAAUACCAUCUACGAAUGAAAGAGAUAUCCCAAGCGAUCGAGCCCUAUAGUAAUUAUGGUGUUUAGCAAUCAUACGAGAGAUUAAUGAAAACACGUACUACGACAAAACUCGGAUUCCUUCUCAAUUAGUGUACAUCUCAUUCGUGAUGUUAUACUUUUUGUUCUGUGCCCUAAGAAACAUGGACUUGCAACGCCUUCGUAUAAAAAAUAAGCCAACCAGCGGCCAUUUUGCCGAGCCGAAUACAAAU